AUGUCGUCUCAAAGGCUUUCGGGUAAAGUCGCCAUUGUCACCGGAGCCGGCUUCGGAUUCGGAGCAGGCAUUACUGAGAAGUUCGUCGCCGAGGGCGCAAAAGUGGUCCUCGUCGACAUCAACGCAGCGAAUGGAGAAAGCGUAGCAGCGGCUCAACCGCAAGGGUCCGCGGUUUUUCUCCAGGGGGACGUGACUUCUGAAGCCGAUUGGUGCAAGGCGCUUGACCUUGCAAUCAGUUCAUUCGGGAGACUCGAUGUUGUUGUCAAUAAUGCCGGUAUUGUGAAUAAGGCAAUCGUACAAGAAGAGUUUGACCGAAUAUUCCGUGUGAAUAUCAAGGGUCUCUACCAGAGUGCCAGGGUCAUUAGCCCCUUUUUGCAGAAGCAAGGCCAGGGCGGUGUUUUUGUUAAUAUAUCGAGUAUAAGCGCUCUGCGACCUCGUCCAAAUCUCGUCUGGUAUGCUGCCAGCAAAGGCGCAGCAAGUGCAGCUACCAAAGGGCUAGCAGCAGAAUUGGCAAAGGAUAAUAUCCGCUGCAAUGCUAUCUGUCCAGUUGCGGGAGAGACAGCCAUGGUUCCCCUCUUCCUUGGAAAGCCUGAUACCCCAGAAAAUCGAAAGCAGAUAUUAUCAGGAAUUCCGCUUGGCAGGUUCGCAACCCCAGCAGACAUCGCAAAUGCCGCAGCCUUUCUCGCGAGUGACGAGGCAGCUUUCAUCACAGGAAUCGAGUUGCCAGUCGAUGGAGGCCGAUCGUUAAAUUAG